GAAUCAAUUUGCCAUUUGUAUUAUUUUAUGAUUAUUAUUAUUAUUCUAUGACCUAAACACAACUUUUUAAUGCGUUGUCCACGGAACAAUAACUGUAUUCUGAAGGAGUCACUUCUUGUGGGAAAUAUAACAUUUAAAUGAGGUGUAUUAGGUGCGAAAUAGAAAGUGACAAAUGAGCUUUGAUUGCGAAAGGAUCAGGGCUAGUCAUUCGAUGUAUGCCUCGCUAAUUCUUAUGUAUUAAACAUCGAAUCCAAGAGUUGAACAGUGGAAGUGAAGAUUAAGCAUGGAUUCUCAAGUUAUCGUCGCCCUUAUGCUUUCUCUCAUUGGAGGAGCAAGUACAUCACUUGGUGCUCUUUUCGUGGUGCUCAACCCUACUCCCAACCUGAAAAUGCUCGGACUUCUUCAAGGAUUUGCAUCAGGUCUUAUGCUAAGCAUCUCGUUUAUGGACUUGGCUCAUAAUGCUAUUAACUCUAUUGGUUUCUUAAAGGCAAAUUUGUGGUUUUUUGGAGGAGUUAUAGUAUUUGGUUUCAUUGUAAAUUCUAUCCCCGAACCAAACUUGGUUCCUUCUCAAUUUCAGAAACCAAAGAGUGGAAAGAAUCAUGAUAAUGGAGGCAAGGAUCUGAUGAAGAAACACCAGAAGCAAGUCCUUUUCAGUGGCAUAAUAACUGCAAUUGGUAUCAGUUUGCAUAAUUUCCCAGAGGGAAUGGCUGUCUUCCUUGGAUCAAUCAAGGGUCUCCGUGUUGGUUUGAACUUGGCAUUGGCUAUUGCCUUACAUAAUAUUCCAGAGGGAGUAGCGGUAGCCUUACCUAUCUACUUUGCUACUCAAAGCAAGUGGCAGGCUUUUAAAUUAGCUUCUUUGUCUGGAUUGGCAGAGCCCUUGGGCGUUAUCAUUGUAGCUUAUCUAUUUCCAAGCAGUCUGUCCCCUGAAAUUUUGGAAGGUCUACUUGGAUCUGUUGGAGGUGUAAUGGCUUUCCUCACACUGCAUGAGAUGCUACCAUUAGCAUUUGAUUAUGCAGGUCAGAAACAAGCUGUUAAAGCUGUUUUCAUAGGCAUGGCUGUGAUGUGCACCAGUCUAUACUUCUUAGAGAUGAGCUUACCCAAGGAGAUAGGUUUAUAAGGUUCUAUGCUUGCCCCACUCUGCUGAUUAUGCUUUGAUGCGUAUCACAGAAGUUACAAUUUAUGUUUCCACGGGCAAGGAAUGUAAAUUCAACUAAUGGAAGCUACUAUUGUUGUAAGAUACAUUUUACUUCCUAACAAGAAUCCUGUUAUUGUACUGUUCUUUUAUAGAAUGGAAAUGAAGAGGCUUCUUGUUUCUCUUUGAAACCAUAUAUAAACGCAUUUGCAUACAAAAUAAGGGAAAAGUACAAGACAGUCCAGAAAGUUUUUUUUUCCCAGUGCUAAAUGACGUCAGAAAGAAACAUUGACAACUGGGGAUGGAAGGAUGAAAUUGAGUGGGAAAGUUCUACUUCUCUAGCCUCCACAUAUAGUGCUUAUUGUUUUUGGUACAAAAUUUAUAUGGCAUGUGUAUUCAAUAUCAAA